GCACUGCUGGGCACCGAUCAUCAGAGCACUGAUCAUCAGUGCCCUGAUGAUAGGUGCCGAUCCCCGCUCUGACAACUGCCGGUUCUCGGCAGUACUUUCCUCACGUUCUGACAGCGUGAGGAAAGUGCAGCCGAGAACCGGCAAAUUGCAUUUCCCUGUGAUCAGUGUGUCACUGGACACAGCUGAUCACAUGUGCACCCACCAGUGCCGCUCAUCUGUGCCCAGCAGUGCCGCCCAAAAGUGCCCACCAGUGCCACCCAUCUGUGCCCAUCAGUGCCCAGCAGUGCCACCCAUCAGUGCCCAGCAGUGCCACCCAUCAGUGCCACCCAUCAGU